AAUCCUGCCGAUUUAUUGUCCUAUCUUUCGAAAAAACUAUCAAAAAUAAUCGUGUGCACUUUUGAAAAUUGUUUUUAUUAUUUUGUAUACUAAAGAUGUAUUUAUAUUCCGUCUUAAAAAUUUAUUUAAAACAGAACAUUCUAAAUAACUAUAUAUAUGCAGCUUUGUUAAUCUUACAAUAACAAUGAUUUUUCUUUUUAUACAAAUAUCGUUUAUGCUACAAAAGGUGAUGGGAAUGACAAAUGUUGUAAUUCCACUCCAUGCCCAGAAAUAGUAGCUAAUUCCAUGUCAAAUGAAAAUGUAUCAGAAAAAACAAAUGUACUCAGAACAGAUCAUGAAAAUGCUAGUGUACAGCCUAUUGAAGAUACAGCUGCUACUACAUCCCAAGACAUACCACAAGAAAAAAUAGACUUCAAAGUAAUCUACAACAAACAGAAGAUUAAUAUAAAUUUUGCAUUGGAUGGUACUGUGGCAGAGCUGAAAGCACAUCUUCAAAAUAUUAUUUCUGUGCCACAAGUAAUGCAGAAAGUUAUGUUUAAAGGAUUAGCCAAAGAUGAUCAAACGCUUAGAAACUUGGGAGUUACGAAAGGUGCCAAAGUCAUGAUAGUGGGAUCAAAACUAGAUGAUGUAUUAGCUGUAUCAAUUCCCUCAAAGCAGGAUCUUGCAGAUGAAGCUAGUUCUACAGCAAGUAAGGAACCUUUGUCGCAACAAAAAAUUCAUCGUAAAGUUUUAGAUAAAGGUAUUCCAGAUGAUGUCAUGCCUGGUAUAUUAGAUAGUAAGGAACCACUACCUGAAUUUCCUAUCUCAGGUAUGCUGAAUAAAUCUGGUGGCAAGGUUAGACUUACAUUUAAAUUGGAGCAAGAUCAGCUUUGGAUUGGUACAAAAGAAAGAACGGAUAAAAUUCCUAUGAACUCAAUAAAAGGUGUCCAUAGUGAACCAAUACAUGAUCAUCCAGAGUAUCAUAUUAUGGGUAUACAAUUAGGCACAACAGAAGCAUCAAGAUAUUGGAUAUACUGGGUUCCUGCACAAUACAUAUCAGCCAUCAAGGAUGCUAUUCUUGGAAAAUGGUGUUACUUCUGAUCAAGUGCAAAUGGAAAUUUCGUUUUCUCUGAAAACAAUGUGUAAUCAAGUGUAAACAUUGACACAAAUACGAUUGUGCUAGUCACACACUUUUAACAGUAAGUAAUAACUUAUUUUGCGUUGAAAUGUCACUGAGGAGUCCCAAUAAAAAUAAUUUGUUCUAGUAAAGAAUACCUUAUAGGUAAUUAAGAUUUCAGUUAAUAGUGAUAUGAUAUGCGUCUCAAUUCAUUUUGCCAAUGUUUCAGGUUCUUAGAAUAAACUUUUGAAAGUGCUUUUAAAUUAUGUGGCACAUGACAUAUUCUGUGAUUAUUGGAACUUCCAUAGCUCAUAAUGUAUUACAAUGUUACACAGUUUAAAGAGCAGUUUCUUUUUCUAGGAGGGGGGAGAGGUAAUGUAAUCAUAAAUUACAUUACAUCAAAUCCAUAUAUUGUCCUAAUUAAACAUGAAUCACAAGAAGAGCAUUGUUUUUAUUUGGACACUUUAGCCAAAAAAUUAUAGCUUAAAUGAGUCAAUUGGAAAAUUCUAUGUUUUCUGAUUAUUUAAAAUAGGGGCUUUUGAACUUUAGAAUAAAAGUGAACAUUUUGUAAAAUUACAUUUAUAGGAAGAAGCGAAGAAAGAAGUUAUGAUGUUGCAUUUACUGACAUUUGAAGUUCGUCGAGAAAUAUUUCAUCUGAUUACCAUAAUUGGGGAAAAAUUUAAUCAAUUAUUGCAUCUAAAUAUUUCAUUUAAAAUUAUUUAUCAUAAUUACUUAUCAUUAAAGUAAAUUAAUAUGAGAAACAUUUAAAAUGGAAUUUUACACAGUUAAAAAAAAAUUUUUUUUCUACAUUAAUUAAUUAUAAAUUUUAUUACAUCACAGAGCAUCAUAUAUAAUUAAUAUAAUCAUCUCUCUCUCUCUGCAAUAAAAAUUAAAAUUUAUUGCUUUGUGAUAAUAAGCAAGAUAGUAACAAACUCAACACUAUUACACUGACAUAAAAUUACAACGAAUCCCACUCUACCUUAAAUUAUAAAAUAUACUCAACUAUUUUCACAUUGGCCUAGAGAUAAAUGAUGUAAAAAAAAAAAAAGAAGAAAUUAUAUUGAAUCCAUGCUGUCUUGAAAUCCAUAUGGAUUACAUCUCGACGAGCACAAAUAAAAGAUAUUAUGUAGCUUAUUUAGUAUUGUAAAUUAGGUUUUAUACCGUGUAAUGUGUGUAAUUUAAAUGGAAGUACUGACAUGAUAAAUCAAAAUUUAUUAUAACAUCUAUCAAGAGUCAAUCCAUUGCACGUUUAAAGUCUGUAUCAGAAGUUCAUUUAAAUAAAACUUGUACAUUAUGUUGUGUGAUUUGAUAAAAUAAAAAGUUUUAAGACUUUAA